AUGGGAGACUCGUAUCGCCCCGGAGGCGGUGGCGGGCGAUCGCUCGCAGACCGCAUGACGUUCACCAGCGGUGGAGGGGACAACUACCGUCCUGGCGGUCCUCAGCAGGGUCGCAGUAAUUCCGAAUUCACAUUCUCAUCGAAUCACGAUGGCCCGCGGUUCCCGCCUUCUGGGCCGGCCAAUGCAGGGCCACCUGCGAGGAGGCGCAACAACCGCGGCGGUGGCCAGCAUGGCCAACGCGACUCGAGGCGCGGCGACUCCAACGGCUUUCGCGGCAGAGGUGGUGGCCGAGGAGGCUACCGCAAGCCUCAGGCCCAUGAGCGCGCUCUUCUCACUGUUCAAGACCGCGGUAGUCCCGAGCGCACCCUGGGUGUUGCCGAUGGUUCGCACAAGUUCAUGAACGUUGAUGACAUGUUGGAAGAUGAAGAAGAUGGAGAGGCUGUCAACGAUGCUGAAGAGGCUUCAGUCGAUGGCGAGAACGGUGUUCAUAAAAUUGCCCGCACUGCGAAUGGACGUGCUGAUGGCGAUUCGGUACCGAAGUGGAGCAAUCCUGAGAUCUACUCUGCCCUUCCUCCACCUGAGGAGCUGAGACCUGGCAAGAAGAUUGAUUUCGUCCAGUUGAUUCGAAAAGCGAAGAACGAAGCUGCCGAAAAGGCUGACGGCAACAACGCCGUGGCCGCGAACGAUGACUUUAUCUCCUUUGGGGAUGACAACGGUUCUACCCAGACUGCAGAUGCGCAGACCGUCGAUGACGAAGAGCCCAAGCGAAACAAGCGGCCACAAGACGGAGGCUUCGUACAAGGCCCGUUGAACGAUCUCGACUACGUGGACUCGCUCGUCAACAACGGUCCUCAGAACAAGCGCUCACACCAGGCUGCCGACCUGUACGAGCAGCCACAGCAGAGCAAGUCCAAGCGCAAGCGAGGAGAAGUUGAGAACGUGCGAGGCGUUGUUCAGGAAUGGAUGGGUACUGCGCGUUGCGACACAGCGCCGUGGCUCGAUCCAAGGCACAGUUAUGCUCACCUUGUCAACGACCCUUUGAAAUGGUUACACAACGAGAUUCUUGACUUCUACGACUUCGUUGCGCCUCAACCAUACGAGCACGACGUCCGUCACCGACUGGUCCAGCGGGUGCAACAAGCUCUAGGCACUCAGAGAUUCCCCCAAGACACUGGCCGCAUCCUGUGCUUUGGUUCGUUUCCUGCUGGUCUUUACCUGCCAACUGCGGAUAUGGACCUCGUCUAUACCUCUGACAGCUUCUAUCAAGGUGGUCCGGCAGCUAUGGACUUUAGCAACAAGAGCAUCGUCAACUCCACCUUGAGAAAGGCCGCCAGAAGGCUCGAAAAUGUACGCAUCGCUACCAACGUACUGUGCAUCACCAAAGCCAAGGUGCCAAUCAUCAAGUUCGUGGACCGACUGACCAACAUCAACGUCGACAUAUCGUUUGAGAACCUUAGCGGAGUUCAGGCACAGGCGACAUUCCAGCAGUGGAAGCAUGACUAUCCUGACAUGAUCUACAUGGUUGCUCUGCUGAAGCAAUUCCUUGUCAUGCGUGGCAUGAACGAGGUACACACCGGUGGUAUCGGGGGUUUCAGCAUCAUCUGCCUCGUUAUUAGCUACUUCCAGCAUAGCAAGAAGCCGGAGAACCUUGGAGACUGUUUCCUGGGCUUCCUCAACUACUACGGCAAUGAGUUCGAUCUCCGGACCCAGCGUAUUCAGAUGCAUCCUCCAGCGAUUAUUCAGAAGAACGGGUACGACGUUGAUGGUCGCGCAGAGAGGCCUGACGGACUGUCCAUUCAGGAUCCGAACCGUCCAGAGAACAACAUCUCUGGUGGAUCUCACAAAGCAUGGGAAGUGUUCCGUGCUUUUGGCUCCGCGUAUAGAGUCCUGAAGGAUCGUAUCGAUUCCAGGAGCCCUAGCAGAAGCAUCCUCGAGUGUCUUCUAGGUGGCAACUAUGAGACGUACAUCAUGCAGCGGCGUCAUAUGCAGACUCUGAAGUAA